CGUUGUUGCGCGCGCGUCACCAGCGAGCCAGCCAGCCAGCAGCGCGCAGCUGAGGAGCUUCCCGACGCGAGGGGAGGAUGGACGGACGUGUGGAUCGCGAUCGUGGGAGGCUCUGAUGAUGGCUCAGCACACCGAUCAAUGACGCCUGAACACUUUCAGUUGGAUAUGCGUCUUUUUGCGUGACCGAGCCUCUCCGGAUUCAGACCCACAGCGCCCAGUUCGCCUCUCCGCGCUGAAAAAAAAAAACCCUUCCUGAGGAUUCGUGGACGAUCAACUCAGCUUCUUUGUGCUGUAAUUGAAUCAACUGAAGUUCGGGGUUCGGGAAAUGUUGGCAUGGCCACCUCAGGAGCGCAUAAGUGUCCGAAGAGCGAGAAGUUGGACGAGGCGCAGGCUUUGGCCAAGAGCUGCGCAGGCAGACCAGACUUCCUGCCUUGCGAUGGACUCUCCAUCUGCGCGACGCACAGCCACGGGAAGUGCUUCAAGCUGCACUGGUGCUGCCACUUAGGCUGGUGUCACUGCAAAUAUGUCUAUCAACCCAUGACCAAUGUGUGCCAGCUGCCCAGCACCGCUGUGCCGCCCGUCGGAUCAGAGUGCGGCGGCACCAUCGACCUGUCCGCCUCUUUGGCCGAGCGCUUCCUGAAGCUGGCUCCCAGCUUCAAGUCCCCGCCUCACCUGGAGUCGCCAAAGUACUGCAUCAUCGCCGACCUUUUCGUGGAUGACUACGUCGUAAAGCGGAUCAAUGGAAAGAUGUGCUACGUGCAGCGCCCCCCGCCUCCCUUACCAGAGCCGCCUCACCCUCCCACUCCUCCCCCCGCUGCUCCAGCUUCACCUCCGAUUACCCAGAAAACCAAUCAGCCUCAGCAACCUGUCAAGCCUGCAGCCCAGCACACGCCUGCACCUGAGCAGGCAGUCCAACAGGUGUGCAGUGAACACAAACACCCCUCCCCCGUCGACAAGAUAAAGGGCCCCAAAAUGGACCACUGCUCUUCGCCGUCCAGCUCCGAGGACUCCGGCAUCAACGCGUUGGGCCUGCACUACCUGGAGUCCUGUGAGGAUGAAAGCGACGAGGACGACGAUUUGAGCUCAGAUGGAAACUCGAGCCCCAGCAGUCUGUGGGACCAAGACGACUGUUCCCUCCUGUCGCCCUCCAAGUCUAUGAUAGAGAUCAUCGAAAAGAUCGAAACAACUGUGUAACUCCAGUGGUGCUGACGUGGACACCCUCUGUGAAGAAGAUCGACAAAGAAGAGUCCGACUCUUGGAUUUGUUUGAUAAUGACCCACAGCAAGGAACGCUCUCCUUUUUCCCCCCUCCUCCCGUAGCUUUUUCUAACGGCUUUGCAAAGUUGUUUCGCAUCAAAUUUGCUUUCCUGCAGGGGGCCGAGGACUUUCCACCCAAAACCUCACACAGCCUGUCCUCUGCACCGCUGCUCCCCUGCAUGGAAAUCAUUUCUGGAACUUCUUAGGUCAAUGGAGGAAGCACAAAAACAACACAUCGGACCAAAAAAACCUCCUAAAUGUGGUUUUAUGAUGAAAAUGUAAAAAAAAGAGUCCUAAUAAAUUUAGACUAGGUGCACGGAAAAA